AUGUUGCACAAACAUUUGUUGUACAAACAUUUGUUGCAAAAACAUUUUUAUUUUUAUUAUGUUGUUUUGUUCAUCUCAACAACAACAACAUGUUUGGCAAUGCAAAUACCUUGUGGGAAAAGUUUUUUCCCAUGUUUUGGAGAAAAAGAAGGAACAACAACAACAAAACAACAAACAAACACAAGAAAACUUUAUGGAAUUACAAUACAUCAAGAUGCUAAAAUUUCUGAUCAAACAUUGAGAACAGCAGCAAAGGAAGCGCAUGAAGAAACUGAUGUUUUGUACAAUGAAUCGGGUGUAAAACAAUUGUUGGAUUCGAGAAACCCAUUAUCUGCUUCAUUAAUGCAAUAUAGUAGGAUGCAUCCGUUAACUGACCGAGGAAAGCUGUUUAGUCAAUAUGCUUAUGUUGCACUUGCUUUAAGUCGUCGUCUUUCCCAAAAAAUGACAUCAACAACAAUGCAGGGAACGGCUACUUCAGUUCCAUCACACACACUUUUAUUGCAUUCUCCAGGACUGUUGGCACGAGUUAAAAAUAGUACAUCACUUGGCAAAGAAUGUCCAACAGAUGCAGAGGCACAUUGUCCAACUAGUAGUUCACAACUUUUUCGUUCACUUUCUGGUCAGUGUAACAAUGUUCGUCGUCCAUUUAUCGGUGCAGCAGGCCAACCAUUAUCACGCCUUUUUCCUUCGCCUACUUAUGCUGACAAUGGAUUGGGUGUACAACCUAGAAGACAAAUUUCUCAAUUUGGAGGAGGAAGUAAUGCUGGAGGUGGAGAAUUGCCUUCUGUUCGUCAAAUUUCUUUAGAACUUUUUCAAAAUUCAAAAGAAACAAAUCCUUUUGGAGUAAACGAAAUUGUUGCUUAUUGGCUAUAUUUUGUUGGAUCUGAUUUGGUUAAUAUUGCACCUAAUCAAUGUUUAAUUAAAGGAACUUCUGUUGCUUUUCCUUGCUGUACUCCUGGUUUUGCCCAUGCUGAUUGUGAUCCUAUUGAUAUACCUUCUAGUGAUCCGAUAUAUGGACCAGCUCAUAUAACCUGUAUUCCACAUUCGCGUACUUUACCUGCUCCGCGUGAUCAAUGUGCUUUGGGUCCCAGAGAACAAGCCAACCAUGUUUCAAGCUUUUUAGAUGGAAGUCAAAUAUAUGGUUCUUCUUACGAAAUAUUGGAACGUCUUCGAGCACCAGGAGAAUCUGGCCGAUUAUUAAUUUCUAAUAAUGAAAAUAAUUUGUUGACAGUGGAUCCUUUAAGCAGCGAUUAUUGCCAAUCUCCCGACAAACAAAAACAACGUUGUUUUUUGAGUGGAACUCCCGAUGUAAAUUUACUUGCUGGUAUUACUCUGUUACACACUAUUUGGGUUAGACAACACAAUAAAUUGGCUGAUGGACUUAGAGAAAUGAAUAGGCAUUGGAAUGGUGAUAGAAUAUUUAAUGAAGCUAGACGAAUUGUAAUUGCUCAAAUGCAACAUAUUAUUUAUGCAGAAUUUCUUCCAAUAUUAUUAGGAAUAGAUGCUGUCAGAAAAUUUCAACUUAAUUUAACACCUCCUGGCUCAUUUAGCAGUGAUUAUGAUAUUGAUGUAGAUGCAACAACAUUAAAUGAAUUUGCAACAAUUGUAAUACCUGUCGCCUUUUCAUUACUUCAAUCUAUUAAUAAUUCAUCCACAACAACAACAAAUUUAUUUAAUAAUCCUUCUCGUCUAUAUGAACAACAAGGAGUUGAACAACUUGUUAGCGAACUGCAUAGUCGACAAGCUGAACGUCCCGGUCUUAAAAUUGAUUUAAACUUUCGUGGUCAUUUUCUUCAAGCAAACACUGCUAAUGUUGGAUUAGACUUGAUAUCUAUUGCUCUUAAACAAGAACGGGAUCAUGGCCUUCCAAGUUAUAAUUUAAUGAGGGUUAAUUGUGGACUUGAAAAGUUACAAUCAUUUGGAGAAAUGCGUUUAAUAUUAAUUAAUGAAUCUGUAGCUGAUCAAUUGGCUACAAUUUAUGAACAUGUUGAUGAUAUUGACUUACUUGUUGGAGUGUUAGCUGAACGUCCAUUAAAAGGAGCAUUUUUAAGUCAAACUUUAAGUUGUAUUAUUGGACGUCAAUUUCAACGAACAAAAAUUGGUGAUCGUUAUUGGUAUGAAAACUUUUUUGCUCCAUCAGCAUUUAGUGAAGAACAAUUGGCACAAAUUAAGAAAACUACUUGGGCUAGAGUGCUUUGUAAUGUAACAAACAUUAAACAAAUUCAACUUUCAUCAUUUUUACAUUCUGAUAUUUUUGAAAAUACUCCUUUACCUUGUGAGUCAUCAAUUCUUCCAAAUUUUGAUUUGGAACCUUGGCGUGAUCCAGAAUCGCCAUUACGUUUGCCUAUAACUGAUGAAACUAUUAAAAAAGUCGUACAAUUAGCAGAAUUAAAUUUACAAGAACAAAGACGUAGAGAAGCUAGAAAUAUACAAAAAAGUAACGGGGUUUUUUUAAUUUUUAAAAUUUUGAAAUUAAAGUUGGGAGAAUCUUUUUUAGGUUCCAUAAUAUCACUCAAAAAUGGAUUUUUCUCUCACCAACCCAAAAAAAAUUUUUUUAGUAAAUGUGGAGGGAAAAGGGUGUCCUAUGUAGAUUUUCGUAUGGCUCUCGGGGUUUUUCAAAAAAAAUUUCGGUUUAUUGAUCAAUCAACUUUACGUUUUGGUGAUCCUCUUUUUGCUUAUUCUAAUAUGAUGCGUGCUAAACCACAUUCAAAAGCACAUGCACGUGUUUCAGCUAUUUUGCUUGAAUCAACACGAAUAUUUGCUAGCGGUCAAAAAUUGGUAGAUGGUGAACAAUUACCUUCCCUUGAUAUUGAUUCACUUCAACGUUUAUUACCAAAUAUUGAAGUUGGUCGUUUUGUUUCAAAUUAUACAGCUUUUCUAAGUGAAGAUGGACAAGCUACUAAAGACGAUUGUUUACCUAGAUUAUUGCCUUGUGAUCAUUCAAGCCGUUAUCGAACAUUUUCUGGGUGGUGUAAUAAUCUUAAAUAUCCACACUAUGGAAAUGCUUUUACACCUUUACGACAUUUGCUCCAUCCUGCUUAUGAUGACGGUUUUGAUGCUCCAAGAAGUCGUGCUAGAAGUGGUCGUCCAUUGCCUUCACCUAGACGUAUUUCUAAUGCUGUUCAUAUUGAUAGAGAAAUUGUACAUGCAAAAUUUACACAUAUGGUAAUGCAAUUUGGCCAAUUACUCGACCAUGAGAUGACACAUUCCCCAAUAAAUAGAGGCCCAAAUGAUGAAAUUUUAAAUUGCACACCUUGUGAUUCUGCCCAAACAAUUUCUGUUCAUUGCAUGCCUAUUAGAGUGGAGGAUGGUGAUCCGCAUUUUCCCAGUCAUUUACCCAAUGGAGAGCCUCGUUGUUUACCUUUUGCUCGCUCACUUCUCGGUCAACUUCAACUUGGAUAUAGAAAUCAAAUGAAUCAAAUAAGUGCAUUUAUUGAUGGUUCUGUUGUCUAUGGUUCUACACGUUGUGAAUCCAAUCAGUUGAGGCUGUUUAGACGUGGAUUGCUCAAUUUUACUGAUUUUGGUACUUGGAAUCCCAUGGCAUUGCCGCAAGGAUCGCAAGAAAAAGAUUGUCGUUCAUUACCAAAUUUCCCUUGUUUUGUUGCUGGUGAUGAACGUAAUAGUCAUCAACCUGGUUUAACAGCAAUGCAUACAAUAAUGUUAAGAGAACAUAAUCGAAUUGCUGAAAAAUUGGCUAAAUUAAAUUUACAUUGGGACGAUGAAAAAAUCUUUCAAGAAACGAGAAGGAUUUUUAUUGCACAAGAACAACAUGUUGUUUUUAAUGAAUUUUUACCUAAAGUUAUUGGAUUUGAUUUGUUACAUGAAUAUGACUUGGUACCUUUAAAAACGGGAUAUUACACUCGUUAUGAUGAAACUUGUGAUCCCUUUGUUUGUCAAUGUUUUGUUUGUUUCUUGUUUUAUUCAAUGUUUUCUUUGUUUGUUGCUUGUUUUAUUGUUGCUUUACUAAUGUUUUGUUCAAUGUUUUGUUUAAUAAUGUUUUUUUCAUUUUGUUUGUCUGCAUGUUUUAUUAUUGCUUUAUUACUGUUUUUCAAUGUUUCUUAUGUUUUGUUUAAUGCAAUUUCUCACCCAUUUGCUACAGCAGCUUUUCGUUUUGGUCAUACUUUAAUUCGUCGAAUGUUUCCACGUUUAGAUACAAAUUUCCACAAAAUGAGUGAACCUGUAGAUUUGGCAAAACAUUUUGGAUUUGUUGAGCCUCUUUAUAAUAAAACUAGUGGAGGACUCGAUUCAAUGCUUCUCGGUUUAUUUGGCACCCCAGCAAUGGCUUUUGAUAGACACAUUACAAAUGCAGUUAGAGACAUGUUGUUUGCUAGGCGUGAUGAACCUACUUCUGGAAUGGAUUUGAUUGCUAUAAACAUGUUAAGGGCCCGAGAUCAUGGUGUUCAGCCAUACAACAAAUUUAGACCUCUUUGUGGACUUCCACUUGCUCAAUCCUUUGAAGAUUUACGUGAUGUAAUGGACGAAACAGCAAUUUCUGCUCUUCGUUCAGUUUAUGAACAUGUUGAUGAUAUUGAUUUAUUUCCUGGAUUAACAAGUGAAAGGCCUAGACAAGGAGCUUUGUUAGGCCAUACAAUGUCAUGCCUUUUAGCAGAACAAUUUAGACGUUUAAAAAAAUGUGAUAGAUUUUAUUAUGAAAAUGAUAAUUUUGCUGCUAAAUUUACGCCUGCCCAACUUUCACAAAUUCGUAAAAUUCGUCUUUCCAAAAUUUUGUGUCAAAAUUCACCAAUUAUACAAAAAAUACAGCCAAAUGUAUUUGAUAUACAAGAUGAUUUAAUUAAUGCGCCAGUUAAUUGUAAUGAUUUGGAAGAAAUUGAACUUGAAGCUUGGAGAGAAAAAUCAUAUUGUGAAAUUAAUGGGUUGAAAAUUGAACAAGGAGAAAAUAGGAGAACAACGCCUUGUGUAACUUGUACCUGUACUGCUGAAGGACCUGAAUGUCAACCUGUCCAAAUGGAUAGCUUUGAAUGUUCACAGCUUUUUAAUAAAUAUGAUAAAAAAUCAAUUUUAAAGGAUGCUACUUGCGCAAUUCAAUGUGCACAAGAGCUUUCAGUAUUAGAUUCAGCAGAAAGUAAAGAGGAUCUUUAAAAAAAUAUUUUUUAGUCAAAAUUAGAAAUUUUUUUAAAGCUUUUUUAAUUUAUUGUACAAAAUUGUUGUUUAAAUUAUUUUUUAGUUUAGAGAAAAAAAGUUUUACAAUUAUUUUUACAAUUUGUAAUUCUAUUAGCUAAGUUUUUAAAUGUUUUUACAAAUGUUUAGGUAAUUUUAAAUUAUUCUGAUUCUAAUGUUUUUAUUAAAUUCUGAUUUUUGUUUGUUAUUUGUUUGUGUGUUUUCAAGUUGUUCUGUUUUUGAUGUUUUUUGGAAAUUCUGAUUGUUCUGAUUUUGAUGUUUUUAUUAAAUUCUGGUUUUUGUUUGUUAUUUGUUUGUUUGUUUUAAAGUUGUUCUGAUUUUGAUGUUUUCUGGAAAUUCUGAUUUUUACAAAUUGUUUUUCUAGUGUGUU